AUGUCUAGCAGUGCCAUCAGCACAGAACUGGCAGAAACGAGUGGGAGCCAGAUCUCUGGUAAUUUAACUACUUUUUUUUCCUUUUGCAGAGAGGCAUAUCCAACUUGCAAUGUGCAGGAGGUACAGUUAUGUUACGAUGUAGCCAAACUCACUUACCUGUCCAAUGAAAGAAAAAAGGCAGAGAAGAAUGUGGCUUAUUAUACCCAAGCAUUUGAGCGGCUUGGUAAAAGAUAUCGCAUAAAUACAAAGCCAUGUGGUCAGUUCUGUUGCUGUGACAUCAGAGGAUGUGAAAGGGAAGAUGCUAUAGAUUACUAUACUGGAGUUACCCAAAAAUGUAUGGAAGAAUACAUGAAAGAAGAAGAGCUAAUUUAUGAUAAGCCAUUGGGAAUGGCUUUUGUAACAUUCGAGAGGAUAACUAUGGCCUCACUCAUUCUUAAAGAUUUCAAUGCCUGUAAAUGUCAAGGCUUUAAGUGCAAAGGAGAACCUCAACCAUCAGCCUACAGCAAAGAUCUUCAGACUUCCAAAUGGAAUAUUGCAUAUGCUACAUAUCCUCAGGAUGUUUGUUGGAAUAAUCUCUCACUUCAAGGAAUGCGUUGGUGGAGUAGAUGGCUUUCUAUCAAUUUGCUCCUCUUUAUUGUUCUCUUUUUCUUGACAACUCCUUCCAUCAUUAUUUCAACAAUGGACAAGUUCAAUGUAACCAAACCUAUUCAUUAUCUUAAUAAUCCUGUUAUUAGCCAGUUCUUCCCAACAGUCCUUUUGUGGUCCUUUUCAGCUUUGUUACCAACAAUCGUCUAUUAUUCAACAGUGUUUGAAUCACACUGGACAAAGUCUGAUGAAAACAAAAUAAUGAUGUACAAGAUUUAUGCAUUUUUGAUCUUCAUGGUGCUAAUCCUGCCUUCACUUGGUUUGACUAGUCUGGAUUUCUUCUUUCGCUGGUUAUUUGAUGAAGCAUCUGAAUCUAAAAUUAGAUUAGAGUGUGUCUUUCUGCCUGAUCAGGGAGCUUUCUUCGUGAACUAUGUGAUCGCCUCAUCUUUUAUUGGCAAUGGAAUGGAAAUAUUGCGUUUGCCAGGCCUUAUGAUGUACACAAUUCGCAUGAUGCUGGCCAAAUCUUCUGCUGAGAGAAAAAAUGUUAAGCAGCAACAAGCUUAUCAAUUUGAGUUUGGAGCAAUGUAUGCUGGAAUGUUAUGUGUAUUCACAGUCAUCAUGGCAUACAGCAUUACUUGUCCUAUUAUUGUCCCAUUUGGGUUAAUUUAUAUAUUGCUGAAACAUACAGUUGAUCGCCACAACCUCUAUUAUGAGUUCCUUCCUGCCAAACUAGAGAAGCAGAUUCAUAUUGCAGCUGUGAGUCAGGCACUAGCAGCUCCGAUUCUCUGCCUUUUUUGGCUGUUUUUUUUCUCAUUUUUGAGAUUAGGAUUUAACGCACCUACGACGUUACUUACAUUCUUAGUCGUAUGUAUAACAAUUGUUGCUUGCAUAGCAUACACCUGCUUUGGCUUGUUCAGGUAUCUGACUCCUAUGCAUUAUAAGGAAGAAAAAUAUAUGUCCAGGGAUAGAGAAAAUAAAACUGAUUUCACAUCAGGUCCAAAAUCUUCUAUGUAUGUUCCUCGUGUUCUGCAGCGCAUUGCUACUGAAAGGACAGUUUUAUCUUCCAUAGAUGAUGUGUCCUAUGGAACUAUAUCAAGAACAAGCACAGUGAGGGAAGAUAUCCUUUGUGUCUCUUAUGCUGAGGGACCAGUUGAAGAGAUGUGAAAAAUGUGUGUCUUGAUAUCAUGAACUAACACAAGGUGGCACACUUAGCCCUAUUUCAAAACAGAUUUCACAACUAUGUUCCUAUGUUGCAGAGUCUUCUCUUUGAGAAGAAGUGUUACCUCUUCAUUUAGAGGGCUAGAAUUUAUGAAGCUAGAUUCAGGGAUUUUCACAAAUAUACUAUCUUGGAGUAGGUAAUUUUUAUAGGUAAUCACUUCUAUUGUGGCACUGCAUACUGAAUAAGAAUGCUCAGAAAAUAAAUUUGAGCUUAUUUAAUUAUUUGCCUUUAUAGAAAUAUUUGUGGGCAAGUGCUAGAGCACUGGUUGCUAAACACUUGAGGGGUUAUGUCUGAAGGAACAUCUCUUUCUAUUAAAAAUGUAGGAAAAAAUAGAUAAAUAUAAGCUGGGAAUAUUUUGACUAUCUUCUAGUACCCCCAUAGUUUAUCAAGUUGGCAGUAUUUCUUCCAUGUAAGGAGGGUUUUUCUACAAAAGUAGAGAAAACAUGUGCCAAAACCUAAAGGACUUGGGGAUAACAAACUACAUUUGGCUGAGAACUGUUAUAUAUGGGAUUUGCAUAAGUUAAUUUUCUAGUCAGUUUUAAGGGCCUCACACAAAGGAAGCUUACCUGUCAAUAAAGGAUGUGAACAUUUUAUCAUUUUUAAUCUCUUAGGUUUAUUUUUUUUAAGAAUCUUUAAAUCUGCUAAAGUAUCACAAAUAUGUUACACUGUUUUUGAAUUAUGAAGUAGAUAAAAUUUUUGCAAGAAGUCAUGUUAAAUUUAAGUGUAAUUAAGCAAUCACUUUCAAUAAAAUACUGAAUUCAAAUACACAUUUAUCAUUGUUCUUACUGAAUUUUGAAACUAUCUUUUAUAAAAUAUUGCCAAGUAAAUUUUACAUUGGUGAGUUCAACUGCAGUGGAGUUCAUGGAUCUGUUCCUUAAUUUUCUUGGUAACAGUAUGGAAAUUAUGUGUUGUUGCCUUCUUCCAGGAUGUUUUUCCAGUUUCUAAGAGCUCAUCUUUGUGUCCUACUUGUCAGUCUACACACACACUUUACUAAUAAUUUUUGACGAAUGUGUCCUUCCGUCUCAUCCUCUGCCCAUUGCUGAGCCUAUUGCCAGUUUGGAAAUGGUGUUUCCUUUCUUCAAAUUCAAAUAUCUUUAUUAUGGUCUUUGACCAGCCUUUGUAAAAAUAAACAACACAACAAUUUGUUAUCAGGGGAGGAGAUAAGCAAUAAAACAGUAAAGCAACAUAACUAAUUAAAAGUUUUAUGCAAUUGUAUUACAUAAUAAAGAUA